AUGAUUUCGGGGAAUUUCAAUCUCCAUCACACUAAUUUAUCUCUUGAUCCUUUGUUAUCUGCAAAAACUUCGUGUAUGGAGACAACUGCGAAGGAUGAUUCGGAAAGCUCGCCUACUUUAGCGAAUGCUGUCGUGGAGCAGAACCACGACAAUUUAGUCUCUGACUUAUCGAAUCAUGGUGGCCUGGAAUCUAAACACGAUUUUGCAGAAGAAGAAAUAAGAGGUACAUUGGAAAUAAGUGCAUCCACUGGGAAGUUUUGGCAAGACUGGGAAAAAUUAAGGAGUAUGUUAUCCUUCUAUCUUAAGCAGGUCCUGUCUGAAUAUCCAGAGUCGAAAAUGACCACCGAGCAGCAGAUUUCUUUAUUAGGAGAGACCUUCUUGCUCAACCACUUUUCCAACCUACUACCUGUUCUUAGCUUCGAUGAAGGUCCUCCAUUUACAUUGCAAAGGCUUUGUGAGAUUCUAUUGUCUACAAGAAACAUUUACCCCAAGCUUUCAAAGCUCGCUUUGGCUCUAGAAAAGAAUCUGCUGGUUACAUCUACAUUGACUGUCUCAAAUGAUUCAUAUCCUCCAGCAACCAUACAAAAAUCUAACGGAGCUUAUGAAAAGCCCAAGAAUCCCCACCAUCAGGCCAUUUCAGUAGAAAAUGGGGUUGAGCCUGCUGUAGGGGAUGGGGAUGAAAUAAUGGCUGAGGCAGAGGAAACUGAGGUUGAUGAAGGUAUGACAAUAGACAUGGAAACUAUUGAAGAAAUAGCCAGAUCAUCAGAAGCAAAUUCAACACCGACUGUUGAGUCAUAG